AUAUAAUAUCUUAUUUUACCCCUUAACGGCUUUUAAUAAUUACACAUGCUAUUAUUAUAGCGAGCACAAUACAAUAAAAAUAAGCAACAACAAGAUAUCUUAUUUUAUUACCUACUUUCUAAUUGCUUCUGAUAACUUUUCCAAAAAAAAAUUAUUAAUACACUAAAGUAUAUAUGAUAAUGGCCACAUAUCACGACACUUACAACAUUGCAGAAAAAUUUUGGCCUAAAAAAUAAGGUGCAUUGAAGCAAUCCCGUAAAUUACUGUGUGUAGAAAUUACUAUCCAAAACAUAUAUUAAAGGUUUAAUGGCGGCUUUAAUCUCCAACGAAGGUUCUACAUUUAAAAAUUUCUUGUCAGUACAUAUAAAAACUGUUUAUAAGUUAACGAAAUUUUAAUUUUUACAUUCUUGUUUCAGCAUUAGGUCUGGAACCGGACUUUCUGUACCCGUUGGAGAACGUGACUAUCGCGCAGGGUCGUGAUGCCAUGUUCACUUGUGUGGUGAACAACCUCGGUGGUUACAGGGUGGCUUGGAUCAAAGCGGACACAAAGGCGAUUUUAGCUAUCCACGAGCAUGUUAUAACGAACAAUGCUCGGCUCAGCGUCACACACAACGACUACAAUACUUGGACGCUCAACAUAAGAGGGGUCAAAAGGGAGGAUAGAGGACAAUACAUGUGCCAAGUUAACACGGAUCCCAUGAAAAUGCAGACUGCAUUUUUGGAAGUAGUUAUACCUCCAGACAUAAUCUAUGAGGAAACGUCUGGAGACAUGAUGGUACCAGAAGGUGGUUCCGCUAAACUCGUCUGCAAAGCAAGAGGGUAUCCACCCCCAAAGAUAGUCUGGAGAAGGGAAGAUGGAGGCGAAAUUAUAUCCCGAGGAGGUCCACAAGGUAGAACUAAAGGUAAAAUUGAAAAAUUGAACGUCUAUAACGGGUAG